GCCGGGUGAGUGCGCUGAGUGACAGCUCCAAGCAGCCAGUGGCCGCCGUGCGGUGUGGCGGAGCCCGGCGCCCGUCUCCUCGGUGACCGGGGGAGCCGGUGUCUCUGCGGAGUAGCCGGAGUCCUGGGGGACGGAGAGCUUCGUCAGAUGGAGGACUGAUACUGUGAAACAUGACAAAACCUCGGACUAAUUAAAAGUUUUCCUGUUUCAGGAAAAAAAAAACAAGCAACAUGUAUAGACCAGGGGAGACGGUCAAACGUCGACUCAAUAUGCAUGCCCCUCCUCGAAUAAGGAGUGUGGAAGUUGCUAGAGGAAGAGCAGGUUACGGGUUUACUCUUUCUGGACAAGCUCCUUGUAUUCUUAGUUGUGUUAUGAAAGGAAGCCCUGCAGAUUAUGUUGGACUUAAAGCAGGAGAUCAGAUAUUUGCCAUUAAUGAAAUUAAUGUGAAAAAGGCAUCUCAUGAAGAUGUAGUGAAACUUAUAGGAAAAUGUUCUGGAGUCCUCCACAUGGUCAUCGCUGAAGGGAUUAGUCAUAUAGAUUCAUGUUCAAGUGAUGAAGAAGUUGGUUUUUAUGAUGGAAAGGGGUGGCUGAAGCCCAAACCUGACUCUAAAGCUCUAGGUAUAAACAGAGCGGAGAAAGUUGUUGAAGAAAUGCAGUCUGGUGGCAUUUUCAACAUGAUCUUUGAAAAUCCUAACCUAUGUGCUGGUAACUCAGAUAAUUCAACACCAAAACAGAGAUCAUUUUCAGAUUCUGCUGCUAUUAAAUUUGAAACUGGAAAUGAAAGUCUAUGUAAUCCAAACCUACUGUCAAAGGAUGAAAUAUCCAAAGUUCUGAGUGAUGACUUGGUUUUUAGAGUUGGAUUGGAAAGUGCAGAAGAUUUUGGAUUAGAUGCAAGCAUUUUGAAUGUUGCCAUGAUUGUAGGUUACCUAGGCUCAAUUGAACUUCCUUCAACAACCUCGAAUUUGGAAAAUGAAAGUCUGCAGGCUAUUCGUGGAUGCAUGAGACGUCUGCGGGCAGAACAGAAAAUCCAUUCAUUAGUGAUGAUGAAGAUAAUGCAUGACUGUAUUCAGCUGUGUAGUGACAAAUCAGGUGUAGUGGCCGAAUAUCCUGCAGAGAAACUGGCAUUCAGUGCUGUUUGCCCGGAUGACAGAAGAUUCUUUGGACUAGUUACAAUGCAGACAAAUGAUGAUGCGAGCUUGGCUCAGGAAGAUGAAGGGGUUCUGAGGACAUCUUGCCAUGUUUUUAUGGUGGAUCCUGAAUUGUUUCAUCAUAAAAUUCACCAGGGCAUAGCAAGACGUUUCGGACUGGAAUGCACAGCGGAUCCAGACACAAAUGGCUGUCUAGAGUUUCCAACAUCAUCUUUGCCUGUUCUUCAGUUUAUUUCUGUCCUGUAUAGGGAUAUGGGGGAACUGAUUGAGGGAAUGCGCGCAAGGGCUUUUCUUGAUGGUGAUGCAGAUGUUCAUCAGAAUAAUAGUACAAGCAGCAACAGUGAUAGUGGAAUUGGAAACUUUAAUCAAGAAGAAAAAAAUAAUAGAGUCCUGGUGGUUGAUUUAGGGAGCAAUCCAAGUAAACAUAUUCCUAGCAGUAUAUGGGAAAAUCCAGUAGGAAGGGGACAAAAUCAGUCUGCUGCGCAUUGGAAUGGCUUCUGUCAUGAACAAGAAGGAAACAUUCCUUUAGAAGUAAUUCAGAAUGAUAAGUCCCAAAAUUUAAACAAGCACUUAAGUCCUUCUGCUCGUAUUGAAGUUCCGCUGGUUUCCUCUCGAAAUUCAGUGCCCCCAUCAAAGAAAAGCGCUGCAGGCGUAGGCAAUCAGAGGUGGUUGCCUGUGCAUGUUUUACAAGAGUGGCAGCAUGGAAAUGCUAGUGACCAGGAGUCUUACACUGAUUCUACGGAUGGCUGGUCAAGCGUUAACUGUGGUACUCUUCCCCCUCCAAUGAGUAAGAUUCCAGCUGACAGAUACAGAGUCGAUGGCAGCUUUGGUCAGCCGCAGUUAAAAUCUCAUAAGAAUGAAUGGUCUAAGAAGAUGUUUUGCAUGCAAAACAAGUUUGGCCUUCCGCAUAGUGUUAGGAAGUCUAAAGAAGAUAAAAAGGGUGCAAAAUUUGGACGUCUGGUGGGAUUAAAUCAGGCUCCUCCGCAGCGUUCUUCUGUUCGAAGAUCAUUUGGGAGAUCGAAGCGAUUUAGUAUUACUCGUUCGCUGGAUGACCUGGAGUCAGCAACUGUCUCUGAUGGAGAGCUGAAUAGCGCUGAUUUAAAAGACUGCAUCAGUGAAAAUAGUCUCAGUAGCAAUGCUAGUCUUCCCAGUGUACAGAGCUGUCGACGACUUCGAGAAAGAAGAGUUGCAAGCUGGGCAGUUUCAUUUGAGCGACUUCUUCAGGAUCCUAUUGGUGUUAAGUAUUUUUCGGAAUUUCUGCGGAAGGAAUUUAGUGAAGAAAAUAUUUUAUUUUGGCAGGCUUGUGAAUAUUUUAAUCAUGUACCUGCGCAUGAUAAAAAAGAACUUUCUUACAGAGCUCGGGAGAUCUUCAGUAAGUUUUUGUGUAGCAAAGCUACAACCCCUGUUAAUAUUGAUAGCCAGGCACAGCUGGCAGAUGAUAUUCUCAAUUCUCCACAUCCAGAUAUGUUCAAGGAACAGCAACUCCAGAUUUUUAACUUGAUGAAGUUUGAUAGCUACACUCGCUUUCUCAAAUCCCCCCUUUACCAAGAAUGCAUCCUAGCCGAAGUUGAAGGUCGGACUCUUCCCGAUCCACAGCAUGUUCCCAGCAGCCCCACUUCUAAGCACAGUAUCAGUUCAGAGAAGUCCAAUAUCUCAACACCGAAAAAGCUAAGUGGUAAAUCAAAGUCAGGAAGAUCCUUAAAUGAAGAGUCGGGAGAGGAGGAUACUGAGAAGAAAAAAAGGGGGACUUUUUUCUCAUGGUCAAGAAGUAAGAGUUUGGGAAAAUCACAGAAGAGAAAGGAAAAUGGUGAUUAUCAAAAUGAUUCUAUUCAGUCCAAUGGAUUAUCAUACAGGCGGGAAUCCCAAGGCUCCAUGUCUUCAACAGCUAGUCUUGACUUGUCUGAAGCCUCUAGACUGCCUGCGUUUGUACCGGAUAAAGAGAAAUCCCCCAAGUACUGCUGCGUAAACCUUCCAGAUGGUUCAUCCAGCAAAAUGGCUGUUAAAUCUGGAUUCUCUAUCAAAGAGGUGCUGUCUGGGCUCUGUGAGAAACAUGGCAUUAACAUAGCUGCAGUGGACCUUUUUUUAGUUGGAGGUGAUAAGCCACUUGUAUUGCACCAAGACAGUAGCAUCCUGGAGUCUCGGGACCUACGUUUAGAAAAACGCACUUUAUUUCGGCUGGAUCUUGUUCCAAUCAAUCGGUCAGUUGGUUUGAAGGCUAAACCCACUAAACCGGUAACAGAGGUCCUAAGGCCUGUAGUUGCAAAAUAUGGUUUAAAUCUUAAUGAGCUUGUGGCAAGACUAAAUGGUGAGCAGGAACCACUUGAUCUUGGUGUCCCUAUAUCUAAUCUGGAUGGUCAGCGGGUUAUUCUAGAUGAAAAAGAGCCAACAAAGGGUAGAGUGUUUACAGAUAAACAAAAAGGUGCAUCAGUAAAACAGAGCGCAACUGUAACUACUUCAAGAAAUCAAGUAUCUACUGGAGAGGGAAGAACUCUAGGAAAGUCUAAUUCUAUCAAAAUGAAAGGCGAAAAUGGAAAAAAUGCUAGGGAAGUCCGGCUGUCAAAGAGAGAAGAAUCUAUUGCAAAGAUUGGGAAAAAAAAAUGUCAGAAAAUAAAUUUGGAUGAAGCAGAGGAAUUUUUUGAACUCAUAUCCAAAGCUCAAAGUAACAGAGCAGAUGACCAACGUGGACUGCUAAGGAAAGAAGACCUUAUUCUUCCUGACUUUCUUCGUUUACCACCCACUGGACCAGAACCAUCCUCAUCUACUCCAGCAGGCCCUAAAGGCCUCAGCAGGCAAGUUUCAAAAAAUGAUGAGAAGGAUGGAUGUACGUCACCAAGUGGAAAACAGGAGCCCAUACAAAACUACAGUGAAAAUUCAGUUAAGAAAAUGGCUUAUUCAGAAAAUAAACAUAAAACUGCUUUGGCAGCACUCCACAGUCAGAAGAGUUUCAGUGUUCCUUUUAAUACUACAUUGUCUCCAAUUCCACAUGCACACGAAAACAAUGCAACGAUAUGGAAAAGGCAGUCAAGAGAAUUACAAGCUGAAGGCAUACAGAUGAUAGACGAUGAGAAUGUGGCAGACUUGACUCUUGUUGCUGAAGGAGAUAUUAGUAGCCCUAACAGCACUUUGCUACCACCGCCACCACCACCACAACCGUCAGACGUCAGUAAACUCACAGAAGCCAACUAUCCACCCCCAACUCCUUUUGCAGGUAAUCAGGAAAAAUCUGGAUAUCAAAGAUCCAAUUCAGGUGCAAACCACAAAAAGAGAAAAGAUUCACAGGGGACUUCAGGGAACCCUGGUGAGCAGACGUCUCUCAAAACAAAGACCAGCAGAAGCAUUAAUCCUGCAGGUGUGAGGGAGAGCCUCGGUAAAGAACUGCCUGUGAACAGGAUUAUUGAUGUGGAUGGGGUCAAACUGGAUGACACCGGAACACACUCCUGCGAUGACUCUGAAGGGAACCUCAGUUUUGAAGGUUACAUCUCUGAACUGAGAUCCUGCCAAGGGAGGAUGAGAACUGGAGUUUAUAGGACAUCAGACCUUCCAUCUCUGAUUGCUGUCAAGAGUGAGAAGAGUAAGGGCACUGAGAAUCAGUAUAAAGCUACUUUUGUUUAAAGUCUCUGCUUUUAAUUAAGAGCUCUGGUAUUUUUGCCUGGCAUCAGCAGCAAUGGGGAUAUGCCUUAGGGACAUGUUUCUGCGAGUUUUAAGCUGUUUUCAGUACCCGUUGCCUUCAAUGAGCCUGCCAGACAGUCUGUUCUGAUAUGAGUUAGAACCUGUAGAAUGAGAAAAAGGUAUUUAAAUGAAAGUAUUCAACUAUUUGUUUUUGUUCUCAUACUGUUUAUAUAUCAUCUUCCCUGUCAUGUUUCUGUUGCACAGUGCAAUUAACAUAAUGAUUUCCCACCCCUACCCUUCUUGUCUUUAAUAAAGACAAACUCACUUUAAAUUCCCCUACCCAAACUUUUUAUUUAAGAUGAUUUCACUUUAAUGUUCUAAUGUUAUCCUGCUCUACGGGAUCCCCUGUGUGCUCGGAGACAUUUGAAGUAGAAGUAAAAUCAGUUACUGGUGUAAAAAGAUCAUGAUUUUGUCUAGUGGAUUAUCUGGCUGGAUGUAUGCAAUAAGACCUUUCUUACACAAAAAAUAAAGAAGAGGUCUGAAUUUCCUGUGCUGGGGAUAAAUAACAUGUGCUCCUGUAGCCAACACUGGUGAUGUUCCCAUAGCAGAAAUGUAUGUACUGAUCACACAGUGGUGGGAGGGCCAUCCAGGUCCCUACUGAGCAAUGCUCUUGGUAACUUGGCUUUGGGAGAAGGUGGACUUUUUCUGCUUUUUCAGUAGGCAGUUAACUGCCACUCAUUCUUCUUGUCUUUAAUGCUUUCAGUUCAUCUUCUAGCCUUAGGCAGUUUUGAGAAAGAAAAGAUAUUACUGAGCCUGUUGCUUUCCCACAUUCUUCUUCUCCUCUUUUCCCAUUUCUUCAGAAGAGGUUAUGAGUCUGGACAAGCAAGAGGGUACAUGGAAAGUGCUGGAUCUCUGGUCAUCUCUAAAAGAAUAUUGCGUGUAUACACUGAGAUCUUCUGGUGGUUCACUGCUUUGAAAUUAUUUUGGAAUUCAGAAAGUCACAUUGCAUAGCUCCUGGGCUGCAGUGCCACACAAGGAGGCAUUACUGUGAUAAUUCAUUAACUUCUUUUUCUUUGCUCCCGUCUUGCUAAGACCUACCAAGGAUUGUGAAGUUUCUGAAUAGCAGAGAAUAAUGGAGACUGUUACUCAGAUCCUUAAACUCAACUCUGUAAUAUAAGAGCUACAUAGAAUUUUACAACAGUAAAGUAUGAUUCUUAUGGCUUUAAAUACACUAAUACUAAAUACUCCAAUGAUAUAAACGGACAUAGCACCCGUUAGCUUUAAAACUUCAAUUCUUUUUUCCCUAAAGAGCAAUUUUGUGCUUGUUGUGGAGGGAAACCCUCAUUAACGUUAGGCUCAAUGCGGCGUGUGGCUGGCUGAAGGAUGAUACGAGCUAUGAGAAUAGCUGCUAUUUUAAAAACUUGCAAGAUUAAAACCAGCUUGAGAGCCAAAUCACAGUGGUGUAACAAUGUUGGAUACUAAGGGAAUUCGCAAUAGCAUUGUGAGGCUGUCAGUGCUUGAUGGUAUCUGAAUAUUCUUUCUCAUGGCAGUGAAUGAAACGAGCUGGUUACCCGAGCCCAGUUCCCAGUGCGGCCAGGUAUCCGUGCCAGGGAAGCAUAGCUGGCAGCAACCAAAGUCAGGGUGGGAGUGAGUGAACAGGCUCGGUAGCUGAUGCAACCAUCCCACGGCGUGAUGGGCUGAGCUGCCAGCAGAGCCAUAGCGCAGUGAGUGCAGGUUGGCUUUGUGAGACCUGAGGAUAAAGGAGUAAAGGGGGAGUGCUGCUCAACUGUACUGUUUGCUCCUUUUGGUCGGUAGGGUAGGUUGCAUCCUAUUGUCCUGUAUAUCAUCCUGUAAAACAGCAGUGGUAGCACAGUGAUUAUGAGAAAAUGUUUAAAAUUUACAACCCAUUUUUAAAAUGGUUUUCCCAUGUUUGUUUCUUCUUAUUGUUUUGGUAGCAUGUUGCUAAUAAUUGCUUGUGAUAUAGGCCGUUUGUUUGCAUAGACAGGUUUUCCUGUCUUCCAGCAAAUCAGUAGCUUUGCUCUAAUCAAGACCAGCGUGAAACCAUUAAAGCCAAGAGAGGGCUUGGUGACAUGUGACACAUUUUGCACUUUUUGUGUGUUUUGGAAAAUUGAAUCCUGACGUCAUACAGAUAAAAACCUGAAACUCAGACACACUAAUUAAUCUCUUUUAAUUAAACACUUCUUUAAUCUCCAAUCAAUAUUUUAGAUGAAACAAUCUGUGCGUUUACUUGAGUGACAAUUGCUGAUCAGUACAGAAUUCUUCAACUGUAAAAAGAGACAGCUGAAGGGUGAGGUAAGGGAGUCCCAAAACUCUUGAGUGCCAUGAGAAGGGUGAUUAGGGACAGAUAUUCUCUUCUAAGACGAGAGCUAGGGACCAUUCACUAGUAGAAACCAGCUUCGGCUCCAAGAGGUGGUUCUUCAUCCCUGGGUAUGAGACUGGUGAACCUCUUUGUAACCCCAAGGUACAGUGGGAAGGGAGGAGUUCUACAAGGGCAAAUGGUUGAAAGAGACCUACAAGGGUUACCAAACAGGCAAAGAGCAUGGGAUCCAAGAGACCUCAUGAGCUUGAAACCCUUCUGCUUGAGGUGGGCAGCUGCAUAUGCAGGGCUCGGGUGGGCACAGCUCAAGAGCACUUGGUUACCCACCCUUUGAGCCAACUUAACUGCUAGAACUAGUUGGUUAAGUUAAGAUAAAGGUACAAAAUUACAGCAUGGGGACAAUGUAUGUUCACCCAUAGGAAAACAAACAUUUAUCGUUGUCCUUUCAGAACCUUUUGAGGACAGAUCUUAAAAAUUGGUCUCUAUUUUCUUUCUGAAAGCUGCUGUGCUGAGGAAAAAGCAGACAAACAAAAAGGCUGUUUUUAUAUUCUGAAUGCAGCAAACAGUGACUGUAUUGAGGAUUCAAAGGGAAUGUGACAGCAUGGAAUAGUCAUGCUGCUUGCAGAAAAGUGAAGGAUGUGGAAGAAUGGAGUUUUCGUUAACAUAGGGAAAAAUCUUGGCACAAUGCCUGGAAAUCCUAUAAACAAGGGAACAUGGGAAAAACCUUCAUCCCUGCACUGCUAUGCCAGCUAUUGACUUAUUGUUUAAAACAAUGGCUUGUCAGGUGGGUCAUGGAAAUUCAUUGCUUGGACUUAUUAGCUCUCCUUUUCAAUAUCUGUCAGAAAAGCAAAACUGAGCCUGCAGGAAUCAGCUGCUUCAGCUCAUGGAGUUAACGAAAAAGGAUGUGCGUGGCCUGUCUCCGGCUAAUGUUGUCCUUGAUUUUGCUAAGGAUGUUGUCCAGGAUUAAUUACUACGUGACCUAAAUCUAAUAAUAUAAUUUUAUGUUGCCUCAUUAUCCUGUGAUUUCCACUACUAAUGAUACCUACUUGCAAUCAGAAAAGUAGGCCAACUUGAAGCACUCCUUGAUAGCGUAAUCUUUUCUCUUGCCAGUUAUUUCCUAAAGAUAAUCAAGUUUUAUGUGGCUUUAUUUCCCUUUUAUUUCUCCCAGCUUUCCCCUGUUGAAUCACACUUGUAAAAAGAGUUAUUCUUAAGCCCACAACAAUACAUACAUGGAAAAUUUGAUGUUCCCAUUCUUUUAUGUGGAUGUGGGAGAUCCACUGAUCAGAACUUGAACCACAAACUGUAAUAAAGGCCAACUCCACUUAGAAAAUACACUUAGAAAAUCCUGCAGCAUUCUAAAUUUUAUUUAGUAUCCUAGUUCUCUCAUAUUUCACUUGUUGUCAUGGCAUCUGGGCUUCAAAUUGAAGUGGUUUCAGCCUCACAGGCUCCACAGCAGCGACAGUCGUCUUGUUUAUUGUUUUAAAGGCUCUGUGAAGAACAGAAAAAAUACAUUAGGCAAACUUGAAAAGGGACUUCCCCCUCAGGUUUACUAUAGCAGUGCUCCUUGUCAAGAGAUCUGUGAUAUAACAGAUGUGCAAACUAAACCUCUGUGCAAUUUAUCUCCUGGGGACUGCGUGACAAAUAAUUGCUGUUUUAUGAAGGCACAUAAACAGGCUUUGCAAAGGGACUUUGCAAGAGAUUUACUGCUCCGUGGGAUGGAGCCAGUACCUGACUGCUCUAUGCACUUUCUCAUGGCCCUGAAAGUCUUCUCGGGGCUAUUUCAUGUCCUUCAGGGAUGCCAGGUCCUUCUUGCACUACUUCUCUGCCUGAAGGAUAUGGUCUUAUUUCUUGCAUUUGCUACCAUGUGCAUUGUUUUAUUCCUCCUCUUCUUUAUGCCAGAAUUUACUUUCUUACCAGAAAACAGCCAAAAGGAGUGGCUCAGCCAGUAGCCUCCUUGUCUCUUGGGCACAGACAUAUUUGUGAGCCUAUUUAUCACUGGUAGAAAGUGAAGGGGCAAGGGGGAAUGCUUUUAAGCUAAAAGAGAGGAGAUUUAGAUUAGAUGUUGGGGGAAGUUUUUCACUGAGAGGAUGGUGAGGCACUGGCACAGGCUGCCCAGAGAAAUUAUGGCUGCUCCAGCCCUUGAAGUGUUCAAGGCCAGGUUGGAUGGGGCCCUGGGCAACCUCAUCUAGUGCUUGAUUUAGUGGUUGGCAACCCUGCCCUUGGGUUUUGGCAGUGGUUGGCAACCACUUGCCCUUGACCUUUGAGGUCCCUUCCAACCCAAACUAUUCUAUGAUGUUAUGAUUUUAUUUUUUAGAAGUAGCCCUAUUUUCACCACAAAACUGAAAUCCUUGCUGUAGAUGUUUCUCAGCUGUGGUGCUACUGCUCAUACCAACUCCAACACAGCACUGGUAGUGAAUACUGUCAUUUGAAAUUGUCUCUCCUAAGGUACUCUGUGGCUGGGAGCCCAGACGCGUGUGCGGUAGUGUACUGCUGCAUCUGCAGUGCAAACACCCAGAGAUGGAUUUUCACCAGUUCUCAGAGGUUUUGGAAUGUUUCCAGAGGCUCAGCUAGAGAAAACCCCAGCCCAACGGCAGGUCCCUUUCAAUAGGUGCAAGAAGCCAAAACCGUUGCAAGCCCAAGCCACUCCUCAAUCCCCACUGCAGCUCAUUGUGCUGGGUUUAGAAACUGCUGUAUUUUCUGCAUCACCAGGCAUAUUUCCAAGCUCUGUGGGAAUGUAGCAAGCCUGUGUGACAACAGGGCUGCUCUGUGGAUGGUGUGGGUGUUUGCCCUGCAGCAAAAAUGAGUGGCACAUCCAAAUACUUCUGUCAUUGUUGGAGCAGCAUCCCAAGAUAAGCAAUGUGGCAUCAGGGUACUGAACAACUGGUGGGUUGGUGAGCCCUGAGCCAAUGCCAAUUAAAACACAAGAAAAACUUUCAUCAAUCUUACUAAAAUCUUUCCUUUCUGUAGACCUACCAUUAUUUUUAGCCAGGUUCCUCUUCACUAUUUUCAGAAGACUGUUAUCUGUGGCACUGAGGGACAUGGGUUAGUGGGCAUGGUUGUGAUGGGCCAGUGGGUGGACUAGAUGACCUUAGUGGUCUUUUCCAACCUUAAUGAUUCUAUGGUUCUAUGAUCUGCUGAGACGUACUGGAUGACCACGUGUCUAGAGAUCUUGCCUCUUUGCAUUUUUCAAAAUGUUAGCAAAUCCAAUGCAUUACAUGUAAACUAUCGUGCUUUCUGAGUUGCUUGCAUGGAUGAUUAGAAAAUUGUUCAUGUCUUUUUCAUCUUAAGUGAUUGUUCUGUUGUAUAGGCUAAAAAUGAUCUUGUACAGAAUUUGAUUUGUACUCUUGUUUUAUUUGUGGUUGUGAGUUUAAACUUCUAUAUAAUGAAUUUCUAAUAUGAAAACGCACAUUGGACUAAUUUCUCACACGUUGUAUUUCCAAAGUUUUGAGAAAUCCUGACUGCACAAUGGUGUUUAUAGUCUUAAGUGUGUCAAACUCAUUUAAAAUGUUUACUGUGUAUUAAUAAAUAAAUAAUUUAUACCACUGAAA